GAAUCUGAUAAGUCCCCAGCAGGAGACCGGAGGCGGAGUAGAAGAAAAAACCCAAUUCACAGUCCAGAUUUACUCUUCAUCUGGCUGAAAGGUGUGAAAACUUUUAGCAGAAAAACACAAUGCACUCGUUUGGGUAUAGAGCCAAUGCGUUUCUCACGUUCGCCAUCACCAUUCUUGCACUCAUAUGCGCCAUGGCUUCUCUCUCCGACAACUUCAAUUCGCCGUCUCCCACCUCCCAAGUCCAAGUGUUGAAUAUUAAUUGGUUCCAGAAGAAACCCGAUGGCGAUGAUGAGGUGAGCCUGACACUGAAUAUAUCAGCAAACUUGCAGUCAUUGUUUACAUGGAAUACAAAGCAGGUGUUUGUAUUUUUAGCUGCUGAAUACGAAACUCCAAAAAACUCGCUUAAUCAGGUGUCCUUGUGGGACGGUAUCAUACCUUCCAAAGAACAUGCACAGUUUUGGAUUCACACAACUAACAAAUAUCGCUUUAUUGACCAAGGGAGCAAUCUACGCGGUAAAAACUUUAACUUAACAUUGCACUGGCACGUCAUGCCAAAGACUGGUAAGAUGUUUGCUGACAAAAUAGUGAUGAGUGGCUACCGCUUGCCGGAGGCAUAUAGGUAACAUUACAAUCCUUUGUUGGAGGUAUAAGCACCUAAUGGAGAAAGUACGCAGCAAAUAUGGCAGCGGGUUGUUUUCACUUUUUCUUCUUUCACUUGGGGAGGAAGUGAAAAACUCAUUGAUGUUGAAUAUUUAUGAAAUAACAUGUUUUAUAUAAUCGUCGCUUGACAACAGACUUAAAUCAAAUGAAUGGUCAUGCAAUCGUGCUCGUGCUUUCUUGAUUUACUCUGAGUAGAGUUUUCUGGAAAUAAGUUUUGCUA